GGUCAUUUAGUGAUUGUUCAUUUAGUGGUGUGGUUGUUUUGUCGUUUAGUUAUUUUUGUUUUUGUCAUUUAGAGAUCAUUUCCUUCCAGAGAAAAGGGCACUUAGCUCUUUUGAAGUUAACUCUUGAACCUUGAAUGGAGUGCGGAAGCCGACUUUCUUAUCAACUUUGGUUGAUUCCUGGCUUUCCUGCAAUUCUUUGGCGAGGUCGUUAUCGGAGGCUAUUUGCUUACUCUUUCGAUCUUGAAUUUCUUGCUUGACCGUUGCCAUCUUUUCAUCAUAAUUAUCCAUAGGGUCCUAGCUCACCAGCCAGA